AACAAAAGGAAAAGUAAGUAAAGUAGUUAAACUUCGACAUCAGUGGGUUCGUGAAAACUGGAUUUCGUUGCCGGUCUGGAACACGCGUGUAGGGAAGUCUUGGGUUCUGUAGAGAUAGAAAGGAAGAAGAGAAGCUGCCCAGAAGAGAGAAAGAGACAUAUAGAGAGGAACGCCGUUUAGUCAAUUGGAGAUGAAGGCAGAAGAUCUCAUGUAGAUAGAGAGAAAGAGAGACAUACACUCUGAGAUUCAGAGUGUUUGCGGCGUUGGUGGUGGAGAGUCGCGGUGACUUUUUCUCUGGGUCAGAUCUCUUUUCCCUGGAUUUAUCCAUUCUGUUUGUUUCUGGGAAAACUGAAUCUCGUCCUUGCUUUAUUGCCGUGCUGGUUUUGUUUAUAGCUGAUGUUAGGUCACUUGAAGGGUCUUGGUGAUUUUGUGAAGUCAAACUCGUUUUUUCCCCCUUCUCGUUCAGUCGCUGGAAGGGUUUCCCAUUUUUAAUGGCCGGGAAGAAGUGAAAUUGGCUUCCGGUUUGUGAUUCUGAACCAUUUCCACUUCGUGGGUGGUUCUUGGAUUGGGGCUUUUAGUGCAUUUGACGAGGUUACUGAUUAGUUUGGUGACUGGUGUUUCAUGCCUGAAGAUUCUGGAAAUUUGAAGUUAAAAGGGUAUCGAAUCACAGCUAUGAAAUACGUUACUUGUUUCUUUUUUCCUGCUGUUAAGAUUCUUAAUUUCAGUAUAGACUUGGGCUCAGAUGCCCCUCGUAAUAAUUGUAUGCUAAGUGCCUUAACGUAUACAUGUGAGUUCUUUAGGAAUCUUCUUUACUUGCUAAGUGCCUUUUCCCAUGCCUGUCUCCUUUCCCUUUUCUCCCUCUUGGCUAUUUGCAUUACUUAGAGAGUCUGAAGCAAGCACUUAAAAUCAUGAUUUGCAGUUUCUGUUACUUCUCUUGGUGGAUGGUUAUCGAGCUAUUCAAAUUCAGUUCUGGUUUGAGAUACACCAUUAAGGAGGGGUUGACUUGGAAGAUCCGACCAGGCAAAACUUAUGUCGUUUCGCAACAUAGUACGUGAUGUCAGAGAUGGGUUUGGGAGCUUAUCCCGGCGGAGUUUUGAUGUAAGGCUGCCAGGUCAUCAUAAUAGAGGGAAAUCUCAUGGCUCUAUUAUCGACUCAAAUGACCAGCAGCUGGUGGUUAUUCAGAGUAGUCGAUGGGCUAGCCUUCCACCUGAGUUACUCCGUGAUGUAAUUAAGAGGUUGGAGGCAAGUGAAGGCACUUGGCCUGCUCGCAAGCAUGUUGUUGCAUGUGCUGCAGUUUGCAAAGCAUGGAGAGAAAUGUGUAGAGAACUUGUUAGGAGUCCAGAGUUCUCUGGGAAGAUUACUUUCCCGGUUUCCCUGAAGCAGCCUGGCCACAGGGAUGGGCUCAUCCAGUGCUUCAUUAAGAGAGACAAGUCCAAGUUAACUUACCAUCUUUUCCUUUGCCUUAGCCCUGCCUUGCUGGUUGAAAAUGGGAAAUUCCUUCUCUCUGCUAAAAGAACCCGCAGAACUACUUGUACAGAGUACAUUAUCUCCAUGGAUGCUGACAACAUAUCAAGAUCGAGUGGUACAUAUAUAGGGAAACUAAGGUCAAAUUUCUUGGGAACCAGGUUCAUAAUUUAUGACACCCAGCCGUCCUACAACAACUCACAGCUCCCCCCUCCACCCGGUAUAAGCCGGAGGUUCUACUCGAAAAAAGUAUCGCCAAAGGUCCCCACGGGAAGCUACAACAUUGCCCAGAUCUCAUACGAGCUGAACGUGCUGGGUACUCGUGGACCCCGUAGGAUGCAAUGCACCAUGUGCUCCAUCCCAACAUCAUCCCUCCAGCCCGGCGGUUCGGUCCCGGGCCAACCUGAGAUCCUGCUCCCACGGUCCCUCGAAGACUCAUUUCGAAGCAUGUCGUUGUCAAAGUCGAUAAUCGAUAGCUCGAGCGAGUUCAGCAGCUCCCGCUUCUUCGAUAGACACCGCGAUGGAGGAGAAGGUGGAGAAGACGAAGCGAAAGAUGACGGGCCGGUGAUUCUGCGGAAUAAAGCGCCCAGGUGGCACGAGCAGUUGCAAUGCUGGUGUCUCAACUUCCGAGGCAGAGUGACUGUGGCCUCGGUUAAGAACUUCCAGCUGAUUGCGGCAAAUCAGCCAGCUGCUCCCCCAGCUGCAACAGCAUGUGGGCAGCCGACUCAGUCACAAUCUGAUCAUGAUAAGCUAAUAUUGCAAUUUGGGAAAGUUGGGAAGGAUAUGUUCACCAUGGAUUACCGGUACCCGCUGUCUGCGUUUCAAGCUUUUGCGAUAUGCUUGAGCAGCUUUGACACCAAGCUGGCAUGUGAAUAGAGAGAAGACCAAAGACCGGCCAAGAAUCAGGCUGAAAACGGUGGGAGUAGGAAGAAGUUUCAGUUCCGGGUUGUGGUGUAUUUAUUGCUGGAUCCAGUUUCUGGGUAGGGGCUGUUGCAGAGAUCAGCAUUGUUGUAUUGUAUGGUGCAAUGUACAAGUUUAAAUGGACGUGAUAGGGGGAACUGAGUCUGGCCUUCUGACAUCUGCCUUCACUUUGUCUCUUAAUUUAUUUUAUGUUUUUGGUUCUCUUUUGUUUGUUAUAUUAUGCAUUUAUGCACCUAGGCACUUAUCCCUUUCCCUUAACCUUACCUGCCGAUUUUGGUAGGUUUGGAAUGGUGAUGCUACCUGCUUAAUUCAUUAGAGGCUCCACGGGAAUGACAAAGUGGAUAAUUUGAUGCCCAAGGUUAUACAUCCAUCUGUAUCCAAUCAUUCAAAGAAAAGAGAGAAGAAGAGAAAGGAUUGGGUCAUA